CAUCGUCAUCGUCAACGUCAACGUUAACGUUAACGACAACGUCGUCUUCUUUCGUUACUACUCAUCACUCGUAUACACUUAUUUCAUAUCUAUUCCGAUAUAGAAGAAGAAAAUUUUGGAUUGGUAUAAAUGUUAUAACGUUGUUGUUUGUGAACGGUAACCGUACGUCACCGUCGGAGCCAAAUGAUUUUCAUCGAGUUCCAAUAGAAAAAAUGAAAAUUUGUUAAUCCUGAACUCGGACCUUCGCCGCCGUGGACUCGUACAAGCAAUCUAUCACUUAUAAUCCGCGUCUCGAUCUUUUUAAACUCUUAAUCGAUUCGAAGAUAAACAAAUGAAGAAACAAAUAAAUAAAUAAAUAAAUAAAUGAAUAAAUAAAUAAAUGAAUAAAUAAGAUAUAUAUAUAUAUAUAUACACGCAUACAUUUUAAAAGCGUAUUUAAAUAUACAUUCCUAUACAUAUACACGUGUACAGGUAUUUUGUUAAGCUCUCGCUGUAAUCUUUGAUACCGAACGUUCGACUUUCUGCGAAAAAGAAUUUUUCUUUUUUUCUUUCCUUGACGAAUUUAAAAAUUAUAUAAAAUAAAAGUUAUAAGAGUGAGAGAGAGAGAGAGAGAGAGAAGAAAGAAAAGAAGGGUAGUUGACACGGUGGAAAGAAAAAGAAGAAAAAUAAUAUAUAUAUACAUAUAAAGAAAAAGAAAGAAAGAGGAAGAAAAAGUCGACAAAUAUUUAAUUAUUCGUGAAAGAAGCGACAGCAAGAUGUCCACGAUGAGCGUCGUGUCGAAUUCAUCCGUCGAAGUCGACUCGGACUCAUCGAACGAUUUGUCGAGUAAGGACGAGGCUCCAACCGAGCAAAAGUUUAUCCUAAGAAACGAGCUCUACAACAGCCUUUUAGCGAGCGCGUUAGGCAAGACGGUGCUGAAUAGGCAUCUCAAUUUAAAGGAGCAAGGUAUCAAUUUUAAUUUGGCCAACUUGAAGGACAACUUGAACGCUCUUGGUGCUCUUAAAGAUUUGAAGGAUUUGAAGGGACUCACCGUUAGUAGUGUCCCUGCUUUCCCGAGGAAUCUCGCCCUUCAUCGGGAAGAUCACGACGAGAAAGCGUCGUUUGCGUGGUCGGAAGGCGGCGAGGAUGGUGGGGGCGGUGGCGGUGGAGGAGGAGGAGGUGGGGGUGGUGCCGGUAGUGGGGGUACCGGAAGUGGAGGAACGGGCCCCACGGCAACCGGGGGUGGCGGCCUGGCCCACUGGGUUAGCGUUAUGGCGGAACACAUUCACAAUCCGCAUUCCGCAAGCGGAGUAGCCGGUAUUCAUCAUCAACAACAGUCGCCACCUCAGCCACCUUAUCCGUGGAACAACGGUCUCUCCACUGACCAAUGCAAUCCCCACGACAAGGAAAGCGAUUAUUGGGGCGGCGGACGUGGUGCGAAACAAGGUUACGAGCACUUUCUGUUACAGGCAAAAAUGAACGCGGAUCAUGGUCAAUUGCAGAAAGGGGAAGAUCAGUAUCGCGGUGCCGGUGGAUCUAGCAGCGGCAGUCCCCCAGCGAGUCUACUGGUGGUUCCUCAGCCUCUAACGGUGAAGCCCUCUCAUCCGUCUCAUCUCAACCCUCAUCUCGGUGGACCUCACUCGCAUCCGCCGAGAAAGUACCAGUGCAAGAUGUGUCCUCAGAUCUUCGGGAGCAAGGCAGACCUGCAGCUCCACACGCAGAUGCACAUGCGCGAGGCGAAACCGUACAAGUGCAACCAGUGCUCUAAGGCGUUCGCAAACUCGUCUUACCUGUCGCAGCACACGAGGAUCCACCUCGGCAUCAAGCCGUACCGCUGCGAGAUCUGUCAGCGGAAGUUCACGCAGCUGAGCCACCUACAGCAGCACAUCCGCACGCACACCGGCGACAAGCCGUACAAGUGCCGGCAUCCAGGGUGCACGAAGGCGUUCAGUCAGCUGAGCAACCUCCAGAGUCACUCUAGGUGCCACCAGACCGACAAGCCUUACAAAUGCAACUCCUGCUACAAGUGCUUCUCCGACGAGCCCAGCCUCCUCGAGCACAUACCGAAGCACAAGGAGUCGAAGCACUUGAAGACGCACAUCUGCCAGUACUGCGGCAAGAGCUAUACCCAGGAGACCUACCUGGCGAAGCACAUGCAAAAGCACGCGGAGAGAACCGAUAAGAGACCCCCGAUCAUCGGUACCGGGCUCAGGCCGUCGAUCCAUGCGAUGGCCGCUCACCAUCAGGAUCAUUAUUGGCCAAAAAUGAGUCCGGAUUCGGUGAUCGGCGAUCUCCACGAACGGCUACCACAUCACCAUGCCGAGUACCAUCAGAAUCAGAACCCGGAGAUGCUCCUGCCUGGCCACGGGCAUCGUUCCGCCGAGUCCAUAGAGAACGACUCGAGGCAACAGACGCCUCAGCCCGGACCCGCGGGUAAUCAUCAUCCGAACAGUAGCUCGGCCUUCACGCCGAUAUCCUCGAUCUCGAUAAACUCGAUAUCCUCGAUGCAACAUCCCCUCAAUCCCCUCAAUCAUCUUCAUUAUCCCGCCAGUCAUCAUCCGGCCUCGAGGCCUUACCUGUACGAGGCCUUCAACUCGACGCAAAAGUCCUCACCCACCUCGUCCUCCUCGGGCGUUACGUCCGGAACGACGAGCAAUCAGAACGCCACCUCCUUCCCUAACCAACUGAUCAGCCUACAUCAGAUCAGAAAUUAUGCUCAUCAGCCGAAUCUCGGCAAUCUUGGGAACCUCAGCAACCUCGGCAAUCUCGGCAACCUAAGCAGUCUCAACGCCACCAUGGAGAGCCACGCGCUUCUAGGAGGACUCAAGGAGAAGCAGUAAUCUCUGUUUCUGUCGAUUAGAGCGGGAUUAGACGCUAGGGAAAUGUAUUUUGUUCAAACACCACCUUUCUUUUUCUUCUACUCAUCAUCUUAUUCUUAUUCUUAUCUUUAUCCUUGCUCUCUUUUUAUUAUUAUCUUUAUUAUUAUCAUCACACUUGUGUCUAGUUACAAAGUUAGCCCGAUAUCAGGGACCUGCUCGAUCCUUUUCCUUCGGGCUCUCCCUGAAACUUCUUUCCUAUUUUUUCUUUUUUUUUAUUUUUCCUUUAUUUUCUACUUUUUUCUACCGAUCGCUCUCCUUUACGUUUUUUACUUUUGUUUCUAAAGUACUUUUUUCCUUUCCCUUUUUCGCGCGUGUGUGUGUGUAUAUAUAUAUGUGUAUACAUAUAUACAUACAUAUAUUUUGUUCCCUUUACUUUUUGUUUUUCCUUUUAUCCCAUCUAACAACUACUAUUUUCUCUCUAUCGUUGUUUUAUUUUUUUGUCUAUUCUCGCAUAUUAUUCGUGACACUGUCGACCUACUCUAAAUCGUUUCUCUUUCGUUUAUCACGCGUGUGCGCAUUCGUUUAUAUUUUCUCUCUCUCUCUCUCUCUCUCUCUCUGUCUCUCUCUCUCUCUCUAUCUAUCUAUCUCUCUCUCUCUCUCUAUCUAUCUCUCUCUCUAUCUCUCUUUUCUCUUUCACUUUUUUUCUCUCUCUUUCACUCUCUUUUUCUCUCUCUUUCUCUCUCUUCUUUCUUGCUUCUCACAUCCAACCAUUCUUUCUGACACACAUAACAAAUGUAUAACAUUACAUACACACACGUAACACGCGUAACCUCCCUCUCUCUCUCUCUCUCUCUCCCUCUCUGUCUCUCUCUAUUUUUCCCUCUUUCUCUAUCUCUCUGUCUCUUUGUCUCUCUGUCUUUCUCUCUCUCUCUAUUUCUCGUGUUCGUUCAUUCACACGAUUUGUGCCCUCGUAAGUGUACGCGUACGUGUGGUUUAUUUCGUUAAGUGCGUAGCAUUUUCGCUAAUUAUCCUCGUCGUCCCACGUCGCGCGUCGUUCACACGCGCACGCCAACAUUAAUAUUCGCGAUCGAGCUAGCACGAAAGUUAAUUACAUCUGUAAAAGCGGACGUACGUACAUACAUACAUAUCUACGUACGUAACACCUCGAAAAAGGUACUUCGAUACAAUAUACUUACUUUUCAUGUUUCUUUUGUUUUCUGUUUUUAUUAUUAUAUAAUUCUCUUUCUUUCUUUCUUUCUCUUUCUUCCUCUCUCUUUCUCUUCCUCUCUCUCUCUCUCAUUCUCUCUCCCUCUCUCUUUCGCUCUCUCUCUCUCUCGCUGUCUCUCUCCCUCUCUCUCUCUCUCACUCUCUCUCUCUCUCUCCCUCCCCCUCUCUCUCUCUCUUUCUCUCUUUCUCAUCAUUUCGUUUGCAGUCAAUACGAUCUAUAUUACCAUGUAUAAUAUACAUGUAAAAAGGGAAAAAAAAAUUAAAAAUUAAAGGGACAAAAACAAAUUGAGAAAAAGAGAAAGAAAGAGAGAGAAAGAGAAAGAGUGGAAAAGAGAAAGAAAUGAGGAGUCUUUCGAAAAGUGUGUGAGAGAGAGAGAAAGUGUGUAGCGCAAGAUGAAAAGAGAAUAGAAUUGUGCAGGUCCAAGGUGAUAAAAAAUAUGAUCAAUCUUAUGGAGAUCUUCGUUCGUUCGACUCGUUCAAUGAACUUUCUCUUUUUUAUAUUUUUGUUUUUUAUUUAUUUAUUUUUUUUAAAGAAAUUUGUUAAAAGAGAAAGAGAAAGAGAUCGAGUGGAAAAAGUUCAUUUUUCUCGAAGCAAAUAUAUAUAUGUAUAUAUAUAUACAUAUAUAUAUAUUUGAUAUAUAUAUAACAUAUAUAUAUACACACACACAUAUAUAUGCAUUAGAUCUGAAUUGUUUAGAGCGAAAAAGACACUUUUUGGAAGGAAAUUUUCUCAUCGUAGAGAAUGAAAAUGAAAACAUCGGAAAACGUCGAGGAAAAUGAAUAAUAUGCGAGAAUAGACCAAAAAAAAAUAAAAGAAAGAUAGGGAGAAAAUAGUAGUCGGUGAGGAUGGAGGGAGGAUUAAAAAAAAAAGAAAAAGAAGAAGAAGAAAAUAACGAGGGUCGCAAAUGGAGAGAUAGGUAUAGAUAGAGUAUGAGAGCGCGUAGAAAAGAUGUCGCACACACACAAUAAAGGAGU